AAGUGGAUGUCGCACCGUAGUUCUACAUUUCUACACUUUUGUAGAUGUAUAGCGCUAAAUCAAUCAGCUGGGAGAGCUGUGAGCAGUCAAUAUAUUGAAACGCAACCUCUCUUAGUGCGAGAUAUGUAUUAAAAAUGGCAUCGUGGAAUCGAAUACAGUCGGGUUUUUCUGCGGAUGAUGAAACUAUUAAUUUUGGGACCCGAUUAAUUGCCGAAAACAAUGGCUCCUUGUACGAGGCUCAUACUGUGGCAAUGAUCGCUUCUACGGAGAAGGUGGACCAACAACCAAAUGUUGUAGCGUGUUUUUAUCAUGGCAGACUUUGUGCGGCAAUUGAUAAAUCACUCACAAUUUUUAACGAGAUAUGUGAUGAAAUAUUAUGUAGCAUUAACUUUCCAUCCACCAUAGUUUGUUACUGUAUGUCCAAAGAUGGUUUCUUUUUAUUUGUGGUUCUUACAAAUAGGAUCUUGUAUUGUUUGCACUUGUCAGAUGGAAAAAUAAUAUUUACCAAAACAAUAUCUGAUAAUGAAGAUAACAUUAUACAGAUAUUUUUAAAAGAAGAAGACGAAGAAACAUUUAUAAUUUUAAUUACAACUGCUGGAGCUAUUUACAAAUUUUCCCAAUUUUAUCCUAAGGCUUUACAAAGUGCGUUUAUUGAUGAUGAUAAAGCUGAUAUUGCUAAACAUGUAAAAAACAUUGAAUGCUCUCGGUUGUAUGAAGGAUUUACAUCUCCAGAGUUCUCAUGCGCUGCGGUAAAUAUAAUAUCAGAAGAACUAUUAAUAACUAUGGUCGGAACAAAUUCGGUAUUUACAUGGCCUAAUAAAGAGUAUAAUAAUUUUCACAAUGUAUUUUCAUUUGGAUAUAAAAAAAUAAAACCUCUUUAUGGUAGCAAUAAAAUGCUUUGUCUGCGUACAGAUCAUAAAUUAACCAUUAUAUGUCCAAAUACUUUGCUUGGGUUAAAAAUAUGUGACAGUCCAGUGCUUGAUUUUACAAUAAUACAACAUGAUGCUACUAAUUGUGAAAUUUUAUUUUUGACGUCAUCUAAACAAAAUCGCUCUGUGUAUACAUUGUGUCUUAUUUCGUUUCCAGAGUUUGAACAAAAAUUGGAGAUCAAUGUUCCCAAUACUGCUUACUUAUUGGAAAACGUGCAUGCUUGCAAUUAUAUAUUUUAUCUAGAAGGCAUUACCGCCGAGAACGACAUUAUUAGCACAUUUAGAGUGAAAGCUAUAACAGAAAGUGUUCCGGAAAUGCGUUUAGCGCGACUCUUAAAGAAGAAGCAAUUCGAUACAGCGGAGGAUUUUGCCGAGAGAUUGGGACUUUCUGUGGAACCUAUUUAUUGUUCUAAAGCGGCUUUAAUUGUAGAGCAACUUAACCCUUGGAGCAAAACGCCCGAUUCAAUUAACGUGGACACACUAAUAAGUAUUUUAGAUAAAAUACAAAGUGUGCAAUACGUGACUGAAUGUUGUAGCAAAGCCCUCAUUUCUGAUUAUACGCAGAUGAAACAAAUCUAUUUAUAUGCUCAGCAAAGAAUAAUACAAGAUAUGAAGGAAGAAAAGUCAACUGUUCAAUUUAAUAGCCAAUUGUCUUUAAUAAAUGACACUUUAUACAGACUCGAGACUUUUCGAAUCAUCCAAGACAAUGAGACAGAUAUGUUGUUGAAGGAUAAGGCAGUUUUGAAAAAGUGGAUAAGAUUUUCGCAGGCAAAUUUAUUAGAAGAAUGUAUCACCUACUUAAGCAUGGGACAAUUGAAACCUGCCACUUUAAUUUGGACAAGGCAUUACCGUAAGAUAGUAAAACAUGUAACCACGCAAAGUAUACGAGACAUCCUUGGAAUAUUGCCUGAUGAUAUGGCCCCGUCAUGCCUAUGGCCGUGGCUUAUCCAUUUCAUACCAACAUUAUUAUCUUCGCUACCCGAUAAAAUGGAUGAAAUUAUUUCUUGGGGUGUGAAAAAAUUAAAAUGCCUCGAGAUAUUUCAUCGUACCGCAUGGCCGGAAAUAGGAAUAGAUUUUGCUACGCAAUUUCUAAAAUUGCUCAAAUUCGAAAACAAUCAAUCCGUAUAUUUCUAUCAAGAGUACAGCUGCCAGAACUCUGCUCUCAAGCAGCUCAUGAUUCUUCUUCAAGCUCUAUCCGAUAUUAAACAAUUGAAGACUGUUUACAGUUUGAGAGUACCUCUCGAUAUGUACGUCGGCUCACCUAGAGAAGCGAUUUAUUUACUAUUGGACAAAAUACAUUUGGAUGAAAUCUCAAAUUUUGUAAACACCUUUCUAAAGGACUAUACGCUUAGUAAUAAUUUACAAACCGAUGCCGUGCUAUGCGCAUAUAUUCAGAAAACUACUAAAAAUUCGAGUGGUUGGUGGAUUGACGAGGAAGUUCUGUGGGAAAAGAGAGUUAUUAUUUUAAUAAACCUUAUACAUAACAUAGAGAAUCGACUAGAACAGACUCUCGCAGUUUUAAAAAAAGUACCAGUGCCUUGGAGCUCGGCUGUAACUACUCUGGCGGAAACAAGCAGUAGUCUCGAUCACAGCUUGUGUUUUAAAAUCAAAAUUGAACGUGACUACGUACCGAUAAAGCUCGUAUUAAAAAAAUACGGAUAUUCAACAAUAGGCGUAAAUAACAGAUUAAUAUCACGUGUGAUAAAGGAAGAUCGCGAUUGCAUGAUCGAAGAUAUAGAUGUGUUGACUAGAAACGAUAGGCAGUUUAAACGAGAUGCAUUUUGUCGAUGCAUAAACGCUCGAUUGAACGAAGGAAAUCUGCAAAAAGCAAUGAACAUAUUACAUCACUUAGAAAGUGAUACUGUUGACGUUUUGUACUGUUACGAAGGAAUUGUUAACUACGUCGUUGCAGCUUUUUCUUUUCGGAAUGCAUCGACAUCUUUGGCCUAUCACAUGGAAAUGCUAGAUUGCAUUGAGUUUAAAAUAUAUAAUUUGUCACAGCAACCGAAUGCUUGUGCUUCUUAUUGCGAUAGAAUUAUUAGUGCAAUAAAAGAUUUAAAAUCAUUAUAUAUAUUGAAAAGAGAUUAUAAAAUUGAUGUCUCAAUGAAGACUUACCGCACCCAGAAGUCGCUUGUGUUACGCAAUUGCAUCACAGAGUUACUGUCAAAUAUGAAGGAGAGCGAUUUGUCAAUAAUACACGAGACGGCUAUUAAAAUCGCUGAACUGUUAGGAUUAGAAAAAUCAUAUGCAACUUUAACUUUGCUGGAAAAAAUAGAAAAUAUGAACGCGUUACUACAACUUGUCAAUAAUAACGUUGAAGAUUUGAGCAUGAAAACAGAAGAAUUUAAAAAUAUAUAUAAAAUAUGCUUAUCAGCAUUACAACAUGCUGUUAUAGAUACAAGUAUUGUAAAAAUACUAAAAACUUUAAGUAUUUUGAUGUUAAAUACUUGUCAAGACGGUGACUUGCAAUCUGCGUUAACACUUUAUAAUUGUAUCAGUGUUUGUCCAAGUUCUUCUAACAAACAUAAUUGUGAUGCGAGACAAGAAAUCGUGCCACUAUCUAAUUGGAAAUUAUACACAAUAUAUAAAGAUCAAGCGAUAACUUUGGAUCAGAAACUGUUGUCUUUUUUUAAGGACGCAAUAUCUCUUAACAUAUUCUAUUCAAAUCAAACUGAUAAUUAUAAAAUCACGCAUUCCAAGGAACAUAUGAAUCAAGUGUUGAAUAACUUUUUGGAAAAUUCGAUAACAAUACAACUUCAACACAACGAUUAUUCCUUAUUGCAAAUUUUCAAGAUGUUUUAUUUUACAUACCACAGUACAUUCACGAAGAACGAAAUCGUAAUGCAAAAAUUGAAAUCUAUAAUGUAUCAAUUUUCCAUCAAUUUAUUAAAAAAAUUGUGUACUGGGCGAUCGUUCGAUUUGCAUCUGGGACUAUCUUGUCUCUUUAUGUUACCCGAGCAGGAAGCGUGCACUUGGCUUUCCACAACUUCCACAUUAUACCAGACGGAUUAUAUUCGUCAUUCUACCAUUUCGACUCUUGGAUAUGAACAUUCACGCUUGAGAAACGAUCAAGAAUCAUUACAGUUAUAUGAGUGGUAUAAACUGCUUCACAUUUGGGCACAACGGCUUUUAGAUUACUCGAUAGCUUACAAAGAAAUUUGGAUAAAUGAUACUUCAAGCAAAAGAGAAAUUUUACAGGGAAUUAUAAAUAGCAAUAAGGAGAAUGUAAUUACAGUGCUAAAAGAUUAUUGUUCUAAUUUCGGUUUCAAUUUCAACGAUUGUCUCUUGCUUUACCUGCAAACGUUGUUAAAAACUUGGUGUCCGACAAUAACCAUUUCAAAUACAAAUGCAAACAAAGAAUUGAUCAUCUCGAGAGACGAGGUGGACGGAUUAAGAAACAAAUGUAAUGCAAUUGUUGCACAAAUGGAUGAUAAGUCUAUGCUGAAGCGAUUUGUUCCUGUAUUAUGGGAACAAAUCAGUUUUUAUCACUACGAGGUGUUUAUUAUACUAAUGGAUCUAAUAGAGGAUAAAAGUAUGGAUAAGAGAAAUUAUCUCUGUUUUUUGCAAAACUACACGCGAAAUGGACCUCCUACAUCAAUGGAACAGGACGAGUGGAUGCAUCUUAAUCCGGGACAUAAUACACUGCCGUCAAUAGCGCAGUGGAGACUUCCGUUCUUGCACAAAGUCGACAUUUGGAAGAUUAUCACUCCCGAGUUGAAUUUAAGAACGUACGAAAAAUGGCUCGACAUCACGCCCGUUCUCAAAUUAGAAACGCAUUUGAUAUGCACGUUGGCUAUUAAAGGCGAGGUGACUCGUGUAUGGGGAAAUACGUCUGUUAAAUCGAAUGACACGUGGUCGCUUUAUUCGAAAAACAUCACGUUGCUCAAGGAAAUCAAGAAGUGCAUACAACGAAUUUCCGACCCGGACGGUUUCUAUUACGGCACCGCGGCGCUCUAUUACGUUGUGAAUCACACACCGCCGGGUGCCGAUCGCGUCGCUGCCGCGAAAGAAUGCUACGAGUACGCUCAGCUCGAGGCAAAUUCCACUAAAUUUGAGGAAGGAAUGUUGCAAAAAAUCAAAUCCAAAUAUUUAAGAUUUUCGUCCGAACAUAUUCUGCGUACACACGGACUGGACAAUGAAAAAUAUCUCGCUCUAAUUGAAAAUCCGUCCAAACUGGUAUACGAAUUGUAUAACGACGAGAGCAUACCGUUGCGAUAUCGAGAAGCGACCAGAUACAGGCCCGACAUCAACGCUGCCUUUAAUAAAUUCUGCGAGCUGUUCUCAUUAAACGUGAUCGAACUGCGUUUGAACUUGUUGCACGAGUGGUUGCAAACUAACGCUAGAUUCACUGAAUUAUUGUCCCAAAGCUUCACGGAAACGUUUGUGAAAACAUCCGAUCAGAACGUAGAUCGCGACAUGGAAGAUAAUUUACUUAGAACGCGUUACAUGCUCGAGUACGAAGGUAUGGACAAGUUUAUACAAGUUGUCAUAAAUAUAGGUUUUGGCGAAAAUUACGGCGAGACCGAAUACAAUUACAAUGUGCGAUAUCGAGUGCUCCGAGUGCUGCAGACUGUCGUUGACACUUCCACUCUGGAGAAAUUGACCGCACGAGAUAUACGCACAUUUAGAAAAUACAUAAAGACAUUGGAGUACAUCUGCAAAUUGGAGUCGAUAGGAGUGUGUUAUAAUAUUGACGCGUUUGAAGCGUGUUCCAAACGUGAACUUGUUCAGAUAUUGUGGGAAAGGCAACGUUAUUCGUCUUGCGUUCUCUCUAUCAUAGCGCAGAUUUGCAUCGAGUUUCAAAUAUGCGACAUUCUAUUUUGGGAUAAAAUCUUAAGUCAAAUGACGAAGUUGCAAAUGGUGAAUGAUUUAAAAAAAGUUUUGUUACAACUACAAAGUGAGAACGUAAUCUUGCAUGACAGCGGUUACAAAAUGAGUUGGCAACUGAUUAUCUCCGAACCAUUCAGAGAAAUGGAUAUAAAUCCGAGUUCCGAGCAAAUCAAUCAUUGCGUAGAAGCAAUUUGUCUGCUAUAUUCGUGUCCUCUGGCGCACGAAUUAGACUUCACUGCCAUUGUGAGAAAUUGUUUUCAAUGUAACCAGGCGUGUUUGGCCGCCGCGCUUCUGCCAUUUUUAAAUGAAUCCGAGACAAAAUUCGUUUUGGAGAUAAUAAAUCAAAAGUACAAAAUCGCGGAACUUUUGGAGAAUCUAAAUCACUUGUCUUCCAAAGGCGUACUUACGGUCGAACAAAGUAUCGACAUUAUCAAAACCUCCGCGCAACAAAAAUCAUAAGAAGACAUCUAAAAAAAAAAAAAAUUGUGAAGAAAACUUUAUAUUGAAAACCCCGAUUUGUAUCAUUGUAUAAAAUAAGCAAUCAAAUUAUGUAUAUCAUAUAUCAAUU